UUUCACUCUUUCCUGAACAACUGUGAGUGGACAGACAGGUGGGCGGGCUGCUGUGUGAGUGUGCUCAGAGGACAAAGUUUCCCCUCAUGCAUCAACAGAAGCUUUCUGCACCAAGCUGCAGAGCAAACACGUUCCUGUUGGGAGAGAGAGAGAGAGAGAAACAAGGAUCAUUUCCCUCAGACUCAGAGGACAUGGCUGAGACGAAGAAGAAGAAGAAGAAAGCUGUUUUGUUUAACUUCUGGGGAGUCGCUGUCUCUUCCAGACCUCGUGCAGUUUUCCAUAAACUGGAGGAGUCACACCACCUGCCAGGGGGUUUUCUGUCCAGCGUGGCGUCCCAGGAGGACGGUGCCAUGAGGCGGGCGGAGAUAGGCGAGAUGACGCUGUCUCAGAUGAUCCCGGCGUUCGAGGCGGAGGUCGUGACGGAGGCCAAGGUCAAGGGUGUGACCCUGCCGUCUGAUUGGUCGGUCGGAGUCCUGCUGCAGGAACUCAGAGACGCGAUGACGGACGUCCAACGAGACGUGUUGGAGACGGCUGCCCGUCUCCGUCACAGUGGUUUACUGACAGCCGUGCUGGCCAAUCACUGGCUAGAUGACAGCGCCGCUGGAGACCGUCACGCCCACCUUCUCUCGCUGCUGGGCGGCCAUUUUGACCUGGUCCUGCAGUCGUGUCGCUCAGGUCACAGGGUCCCCGAGCCCGCCAUGUUCAGCUCCGCUCUGCAGCACCUGGGGGUGACAUCACAACAGGCGCUGUGGUUGGAUGCAGACGAGGAAGGCGUGAAGGCAGCAGAGGGAGCGGGGAUGACGGCCAUCUUGGUGGAAAACCUGAACGACGCUCUCAACAAGCUGGCUGACUUUACUGGGGUUCAGGCUGUUGGAGCAGACAGUCCUCCCCCAUCCUGCAGCCCCGCUGGGUCCCACGGAUACGUCACCAUCGAGCCUGGCGUGAGGACUCAUUUUGUUGAGAUGGGCUCAGGUCCACCAGUGCUGCUGUGUCACGGCUUCCCUGAGAGCUGGUACUCCUGGAGAUACCAGAUCCCGGCCGUGGCAGCAGCUGGUUUCAGGGUGCUGGCUCUGGACAUGAAGGGGUACGGAGAGUCCACAGCGCCACCAGACGUAGAAGAAUAUUCUCAGGAGCAGCUUUGCAAGGAUUUAAUCACAUUUAUGGACAAAAUGUCGCUGCCGCAGGUCACUCUGGUGGGACAUGACUGGGGCGGCAUCCUGGUGUGGACCAUGGCUCAGUAUUACCCUGAGAGAGUGAGGGCUGUAGCGUCCCUGAACACGCCUCUGUUCCCCGUGGAUCCUGCUGUACCUCCUGCAGAGAGAAUGAAGGCCGUUUCCAUAUUCGACUACCAGCUCUACUUCCAAAAACCUGGCGUAGCAGAGGCCGAGCUGGAGAAAGACUUGGAGAGAACGUUCAAGAUUUUCUUUUUCAGCAGUGCUGAAGUGGGGACGCGUCCUGCCCUCAGCACUGCAGGCGUCUGUGCUCGAGGUGGUCUGUUUGUGGGUCUGCCGGAGCAGAUUCCCCGGGGCCGCAUGCUGACGGAGGCCGACCUGCAGUACUACGUCAGCCAGUACAAAGAGCGAGGCUUCAGGAGACCGUUGAACUGGUAUCGAAACGGAGAGGCCAACUGGAGGUGGAUGUGUUCUCGUCCUACUGGAAAGCUGCUGAUGCCUGCUCUGAUGGUGACGGCGGGUAAAGACCAGGUUCUGCUGCCGGCCUUCUCCAAGGGGAUGGAGGACUUGAUCCCGAACCUGAGCAGAGGACACAUUGAGGAGUGUGGACACUGGACUCAGAUGGACAAGCCGGCGGAGACAAACCGCAUCCUGGUACCGUGGCUCAGAGACACGCUGAAGGCGGCCGGAGGCGGUUCUCUGGCACCGAAACUGUGAAAGAGGGACGAUAAAGUCAGAAGAAAUGACCGAGGAGCUUAAAAUGAGCAGAAUAAAAAAACUCUGAAACAGUAAAUCUUUAAAUAAGUCCACUGAAAAGACUAAAAAUGUGCUUUUUUCUGGUUUAUAUCAUUCUGAAAGUCAGAUUUACCUGUUUUCAGACACAAUAACACACACUAUGAUUUCACAUUUAGCUUUGGGGAAUUAUAA